GAACGCCAAGACCUCAAUGUAAAUACUAAAGACAUGAGAAGCUGAGUAAAGAGACUGCAGGACGUGAUUUACCGGGUGACCACAACGAGAUGGCUCCAAGAAAGAGACACUGCAUAGAAUCCUUGGAGGAGCUGAGUCUCAGAGUGGUGUUGGCCUCUGUUGUGGCCGACCUCCACCUGGCCCACCUCCUCAGUACAGAUCUCCGCCACUCCAUGGUGCUGUCUUCUCUUGCUGGCUCGUCUCUGGAACAGUUAAAAAAGAUGGUGUCUGAUAGGUUUUCUGUUCUUCCAGGCAUUCUUAAUGACCAGGUUCGAGAUCGCUUAGUUCAACGUCUCUUCACCAACCCAGAGCCAGAUCGAUGGGUUAAUGCCAAACUAGACAUCCUCAGGGCUAUUCUGGACGACAGUGUGAUAUCAAUAAAUUGUGGAGAGCAGGUGUUACCUAGACAGCUGCUGAAUGUGGUGGGAGAAUGUUGUCCCAACCUGACAUCUUUGAAGGUCAUAUUGAAUCAGAUGGAGCCCAACAGUGAUGGGGCAACAGGAGAAAACAAAACUAACCCUAGCGCCAAUGCCGUCUCGGCCUCUGGUCGUCCCAGGCGCCACCACAUACUCAUGAGAACUAACUUGACACUUAAACUUUUCUCCGAAGACGACGCCAUAAGAAAGGCCAGAUUUGCCCCAAAGGGACCGUGUCCCAUGGUGGCUGGCCUGUCCUCCUUAACCCAGCUGUCUACCCUACACUUGUUGUGUGGAGCCAAUAAUGACAUACUGGCAGCCUUGGGCCAGAGUGCACCAAAGUUAAGAGAGUUGAGGAUAUGCUACAGUUCUGGUGUGACAGAUAUAGGAUUAAAAGCGAUGUGCUUACGCUUUCCGGACAACCAUAUACUCAGAAGAGGGCGACACCUGCACGAAUUAAGAGUUCGCUCCUUCCACCUAAACCCUUGCUGCUCUGCACUUGAAGAGGUUGACGUUUUAGGAACGGAAAUAAGUCAAUUUGGAGUUGCCUUCCUGCUCAAACAUCUUCCUGCCUUGAAGUCCCUCGGAAAUUGUACCGACGUGACAGAAGCAAUAGAAAUUCUGGUAGGGAACAAGUCCCUACGACGCAGUAACUUUAUGGGUCGAUUACGGAAAUAUGCCAUCAGAUUUAAACUCAAUAGGGUGAUGGAAGACAGUGUGUCUGCCUGUAGGUUGGUGGUGAUCACUACUCUCUGCCCAGAACUUAAAGAUUUGAGCCUUACUCACCGAUUUUGUGAGGUUGACCUCGAGAUGUUAGGUGACGACAAUAAGUCACCUUCACACUUUAAAUCACAUUUGACACAGUUAAAAUUCCUUAAGCACCUGACUCUGGUCAAUGUUGCCUCAAGAUCAGUGACUGGUGCAGUACAAGCUGUAGGCCACCAGCUGACGGCUCUCACAGUUCAUUGUCGAGGGUUAGACGUUCCAGUGGUUUUCCAGACAUGUACCAACCUCAAGUACCUGACCAUUGAGGGGGAGGAUUGUUCUGCUCCUUAUGAGGCCGUUGAGAAUUUCAAACACACGGCCCUCACCAAACUACAGGUAGUCAGGAUAAAGUGCCACCUGUCUGCCCCAUACACAGAUGUAAUCCUCAAUAAUGCCAGGAGUUUAACACGACUGGAAAUAGCUUGUCUCUGUGAUAUGAAUGAUGACAGAGUGGACCAACUGAUACGAAACAAAAGUUUGGAGAAGUUAACAGAAUUUGACGUUAAUCGAGCCCCAAAACUCACCGUAUCUUCAGCUAGAAAACUUGUAAAACAUUGCCCAAACCUGCUACAACUGCAAAAUUUAGGUGGUUGGAACAUUUCAGCUGAGGAGUACAAUGCAUUCCUGAAAGAGACAGAGUUGGAGAACUUUGAAAUACAGAUAGUUUACAAACCUCGCAGACCCUGGAUUGACAGUUACAGUGAUGAUGGCCACAGUGAUGAUGGCCACAGUGAUGACAUGAUGGAGUCAGACGAAGAUUCAGUUGUCUGGGGACGAAUGAGGCAUCUUUUCCCACUUGUGAUACUUUAAGUUCAGUAUUGCAAAAUCACAACAAUCCCUAUUAUUGUGAUACACAGGCAUGACAUACCGUCCUGUACUACCAGGGAUUUGUUCGUCAGCUAGUCACGUGGCGACGAGAGGAAUUAUAAAGGUAACCAGGCAAUUAUUAUGGGUGAAUAGACAUCUGCACAAUAAGGAAUUUACUAUUUUAGUGUUAAUUUUUGAUUUAAGGAAUUCACAAUUAUGUUGUCUUAAUUUUUUUCAAAAGUGUUCAUAUGACAAAAAUCAAAAGUUGGACAAAGGUUAAUUUUGUAUUAAUUCAUGGAGAAUGUACCAGAUAAUUAGCAGAUAACGUUGUCCAGUGUCUUGUGUUAUGAAACCUGACACAAAGUUAAAACUUGUGGAUAACUUUGAUAAAAUAUUCAGCCACUCUUAUACGUAUCUGGAUUUUGUGAUCUAGUCUCAUUAAUUACUUUUUAUUUGAAGUAUCUUCGCAUUAAUAGAUCACACAGUUCAAACUCCCACUACCUUGUAUGAAGCCUCACAUAAAACAGUUCAGAAUAUCUUGUCAUAUAGUGUCCUUCAGUUCAUGUUGUUAAGGACCGAGACUAAUAAGUACUUGAGUAAUACAAAAUCUUCAAACAAUGUGAGAGCAGCCAUUCAAAAGUGGAAUGUUUUGGUAAAUAUUUAUAUAUGAUUGCACGGCAGGCUGUGACUGGAAUAGUUAGCACAGUAAAUAUUGUCUCCAUGAAUUGACCAAUAAAUUUGAGAGGUAUCAA